UAUUUCAAUUAAAACAUUUACUUCACUGGUAUUUCGUCCUUUAUUCCUAUAUAUAAAAUAUAGAAUUUAAAACUACUUAUCGGUCGGUAAGCUGAAAAUCUUCGAAUUGGCUUACAAAAAUAUUCCCACGCGAUACUAAGACAGAAUGAUUUCUGGAUGCUUAUCAUUCUUCCCAAAUCACAUAAUCGAGGCGCCGUUUGUUUUCAUUCGUUGUUGAAAAUUUCGAUCAGAUUAUCAGAAAAUACAGAAUCGAUGGAAUGACCUCUUAUUUAUGUGAAAAAACCGUAAAUGCUUGAGAGUUUGUGUGUAAAAAUGUGGAAAUGAUAAAAUACUACGGUUUGUUAAGACCGUAGUAUUUUAAAAAGAAUGUCCUCUGUUGCAAAUUUUGCAUCUAUACCUGAGCAAAAUGAAAGCUUAUUAUGCUUAAAUAAUAAUAAAGUUUAUUCGCCUCUAUUGGUGUGUGCGUCUGCCGACGACUUCAGGACCGACCUACCCAUAGCAAGUCACAAGCAAUUUUAAGUCACAUGGCAAGCAGAUUUAUUCACUUUAGGCUAAAAAUUAUAAUGAAAUGAAAGUAGAAAUGCAUUGACUAACAAAUAUGCAAUAUUAUUUGGUAAAUAUUAUUAUAUAGCUCGGAUUUACAUCACAGCUAAUAUCUGUAAUCGCCCAAAAAUCGAAAAUUAUUUGUCAUUCCAUUGAACAAUACUCUAGAGACAACAAUAUUGUACCGUAAAAUACUUUAUUAUUAUUAUUAUUUCCGGAUUACAAUUUUGUAGGGUCUGCCCCUCUGAUUAAAAUUGCAAGUGAGUUGAAAUAAAGAAAAGAAAAAGAGAAAGAAACUAAAAAUAAAUUAAGCCAAUUGAAUGUUAAUGAAUAGCUACGCAGUAUUAUCAACUAGGAAGUGUCUCCUAAUCGCACUGACCGAGAUUCUACUAGCGCGAGGGAGUGAGUUGUAUAUCGACACUCCAGACACGAACAAAGUGCGGAAGUAAGCUUCAGUAGACGAGCUCGGAACCAAUAGCUCCGUACCCUGGCCGAGGUGCCAUGCGCCAAAAGCGAGGAGAGGUAUCGAGGGCAACCAGUCUUCAGGAGGCGACAGAUGGAGGUGACAGCCCUUAAUUUAAGAAGAUUCGGAAGAUCACAACCGAUUAGGACACUACUGUAGGGAGAGAUGUGAUCUCUGGGCCCCAGACCACAGACGUAGUGAGUACAGUUGUUGAAGGCUACCGACAACUGCCUGAUGGACGCGCAUAAAAGAGUUCUGGCCCGUAUGUGAACUGAGGGAUCAAGAGCGACCUGGCGAGAAGGAGUCUGGUGUCAUGAGAAGUGACACCCCGGAAGCGUCUUAGGGAGUAUAGCGAGAAAUUUACCUUGCGUCGCAAGGAAGAGACAUGAUCGGAUCAAGUGAGAUGGGAAUUGAAGAAUAUGCCCAGAUUGCGUACGUUUUCCACAAGGGGGAUUACCUCACCUCCAAGAGUAAGAGGGGGAGUAGAGAAAUUAUGAGAAGGUUUGCAGACAACGAUGGCCUGGGACAUUUUUGGAUUAAGAGCCAAGCCAUUGACAAGCGACCAGCGCUCAACAGCAAUGAGAUUUGAAUUCAUUAAAUCGAAGGCAGGGGAGGGAUUGCAAGGGUCACCUUCUACAUAUAUUUGAAGAUAUUACAUUGCAAGACACUGUGUCCUGCUGUGAGUGUAACUUUGUCUAGAAACGUGACUAAAACACCACAGGAACGACGUGGACACCAGCGAGAUCGCAGAGUGGCGGUUGUGGUGACAGGGAAAAAAUCACAUUACAGGGCGUAACGUGGACGGCAAAGGUGCAGAGAACACCGAGUGAAAAGUCACCACGCUUCCAAACCCAUUUUCUUUACGCCAGACGCCAUCGUGCAGAUUUGGGGAAUAUGCGGAUGACUCAAGAUAUGGAUGACGACGAGAAAGGGAAACUUUUCGUAGGUGGCUUGUCAUGGGAAACAACACAGGAUAAUUUACAAAGAUAUUUCGCACGUUACGGUGAUGUGAUUGACUGUGUUGUAAUGAAAAAUAAUGAAUCAGGCCGAUCACGUGGUUUUGGCUUCGUAACAUUUGCGGAUCCCGGAAACGUUACGCAUGUGCUGCAAAGUGGACCUCAUAAUUUGGAUGGGCGUACAAUUGAUCCCAAACCCUGCAAUCCGCGCACCCUUCAAAAACCAAAAAAAGGUGGCGGCUAUCCAAAGGUGUUCCUUGGUGGUUUACCCUCAAAUGUGACUGAAACGGAUCUACGUGUGUUUUUUGGACGAUACGGAAAAGUUAUGGAGGUUGUAAUCAUGUACGAUCAGGAGAAGAAGAAAUCCCGUGGUUUUGGUUUUUUAUCUUUUGAGGACGAGAGUAGUGUUGAACGCGUCACUAAUGAACAUUAUAUCAAUUUAAAUGGCAAGCAGGUGGAAAUUAAAAAGGCGGAGCCGCGCGAUGGUACAGCAUCAAGUAAAAUCAACAGUGGCGCAGAUGCUAAUCAGUGGGGCCCACCCCAUGGGGCACCUAUGGGUAUGCUGCAAGGCCCUAACGGUCAAAUUAAUGCUCCACCGCUUAAUAUAGCUAUGGGCGCUCCAAACAUGAUGCAAAGCUAUCAGGGCUGGGGUACGUCGCCACAGCAGCAGAGCUACGGUUACGGAACACCGAACGCCCCUGGUUCUUACCAAGGCUGGGGCGCCCCACAUGGACCACAGGGUCCGCCACCUCAUCAAUGGGGUAAUAACUAUGCUACGCAACAGACCCAGGGAUAUGGGAGUUAUGAUAUGUACAAUUCAACUACAGGACCGAGCGGCGCCUCUGGUGCUGGAAAUUGGAACGCUUGGAAUAUGCCGCAAAAUAGUGCUGGAACAGGGGGUUCGGUUGCCGAACGCUUUCUCACUGGUGACAUAUAUCCGAGAACGCAGUCUGGUCCUGGAGGUCCAACAGGUACUGGGCCCACAACUGGUAUGCCGCCUGGUGGUCCUGCCAAUACCACUUCAAAGCCUAGCUCUGAGUACAGUAGCUAUGGUUCAGGAUACGGUAUGUUAGGGAACUAUACGAAUGAUCAUACCACAUCGUAUGGCACACGGACAACGUAUGGGAAUGAAAGUACUUCUCAACCCCCUUAUGCCGUGGCUCAGCCACAGGAUGAAUUCCUCAAGCAAUAUUAAGAGGUUUGAAAAAUGCUUCUUUACCAUCACCACUAUUGAAUUGAUUUCAACUAUAGCGAUUUUCAGUGCUUUGUAAGAGGGCGCCCCAAUAGUAUUUCAUGGCUGAGUGUCACAUAGCUGCAUAUAAAUCGACAGAGAUAUUUUGUCCGUUCAUGUGACUCUCUCAAUCGUCGCUGUUAUCACGACAUGUAAAUAUGGUUACUAAAAAUUGGGUAAUUAAUUACUGGUGACCACUCGCACAAAGAAAGCUAUUUCAAAGUAUUUUCAUAUGUAUAAUGCUUUUUAAAUAAAAUUUACAAUAGCGUUUUCUAUAACUUUUAGUGUUAACUUGUUUCUUUCUUAAUUCGUCAACUUUUUUUUUAAUUUAAUUAUUAUGUCUUUUGUAACAUUUCACUCUCAGUACUUUCUAUCCCUACAAAAGUUUUUUGAAUAAACUUUUUUUUUUAGAAAAAUAUAAAGAUGAUAAAAACAUUAAAGAAAUUGCAGUGGUUAAAAAAUUAGUUAAAUGUAUAUAUUAGUGAAGAGAGUGUAGUUAUUGAAAAUGUUGUCUAAACAGGUCAUUUUAUGGUCAUAUUUUUUAGUUUCAUAUUUCCUCUUUCUCGCGAAAGCAUAUCACAUAAAGAUAAACCUCGUUGGCAAUGGUUAUUUCGGCCUCUGUCUUCAUUUAUUAUCUACCUGCUUAGCUCAACAUUACCCCUUUACAGCACCAAAAGGGAUAAUAGUAUAGAAGGCAACUAAAUCAAAAGUUUGAAAUAUAUAUAUCAUGUAAGAUACUAGGAUAUAUACACAACUACACAUGCGCCCUCUUGCGGCUUUACAAAACUUUGAGAAAAUUCUGACCUCAUUCGGAAUCCCUGAACCUUCCCCAAUCCUUAAUAAUAGUAAAUUGAAAUUUUUGUAAUUCUUAAAUGAAAGACAAACUUGUUUGAAAUGCAAUCAAAUAUAACAGAAUAAGAAAAAAAACACUAUUGAAAUAAUUAAAUAUUAAAUUGUAUUUACAGAAUAAGAAAAUCUUAUUAAUAUGAUCAAUUUAGAGACAAACAUGUGUAAAAGAGAAAAGAACAUACAUUGAAAAUUAAUACGGUAAGAAGCUUUUAUAUGAAAAUAGCAUAAAAGCAAGGGUAAAAUGUUUUAAUAAUUUUUGUUUGUCAAUGUUACUUUAAAAAUAGAGUUAAUUACUAUGAUAGAAAAGUUGCAGGAGACAGUAAAAAUAAUUUUUGUUGAAUCAGGAAAUACUGAGAAGAUCUGGUAAAAACAUUAUAUAUAUAUAUAUAUAUAUAUAUAUAAUAUAUAUAUAUAACAAAACAUAGGAAAUAAUAAAACAUUGGAACACAUACGCUAAUUUAGCAAGAUGCACUUACAAUAAUUGUACAUAUAUACUGAAAUGAACUAAUAAUAGAUAAUGUAAAGAAAAAAAUCAAGAAGUUUUAAUGAAUGAAGAAACUGUUUUACUUUGGAACAUUUCAUGCUGCAUAUAAAUAAGCGUAUAUAUAUAUAUAUAAGCAGAGAACAUAAGGAAAAUAUUGUACUACAUAUACAAAUAUAAAAAUGAGAAUUAUACAUACAACCUGGAAUAAUUAAUAAAUAAAAUUGACUACACUAAUUAAAUACACAAUGGUGAAACAUCACAAAUAUAAGAAUGUACGGAUGAAAGAAAUAUUAUAGGAUUUGAAUAUCUAAUACUGAAAUAUGAUGUUUCAGUUAGCAUUUUAGUGUUUUAGAGUUUAAAAAUUACCAAUAAUGAUUAAAACAAUUGAGAUGAUAUACAUUAUAUAUAAGAUGAAUGAUACGUUUUCAAUGUGAUUUAAAAUACAGCAACAAAAAUUUACAAAAAAAAAUAUGAGACAAAAUAAACGAAAUGAACAUACUA